AGUAGGGGACAGACGGCAGGACUCUGGGACCCAGCCUGUCCCCACGGCCCCGUCUCAAACGCCAGCCGGGCCACGGGACGUGGACACAUUGGGGAGCUUGGAGUGCCUGCUCUAGCACCUGUGGAGACGGCGCUUCGUUCCGGACCAGGCGGUGCAUCCGGUUUCCUGAGGAGGAGAUGUGCAAAGGGAAGCCCCGGCAGUAUCGAGUCUGUGAACUGGAUGAUUGCCCCUCUGGAUCAACACCUUUCCGGGCCAUUCAGUGCUCCCUCUACAACGGCAAGCCCAUCUUGGGGAGCCAGACACCAUAUCAAUGGGUCCCAUUUCAUGGAGCACCCAACCUCUGUGAUCUUAACUGUCUGGCAGUGGGACACAAUUUUUACUACACCUUUGGAAGGGUUUUGGACGGGACCCGUUGCAACCCAGAGUCUCGAGAUCUCUGCAUCAGUGGUCGGUGUUUGAGAGCUGGUUGCGAUGGUAUUCUGGGCUCUGAGGCCCAAGCCGAUGCCUGCGGUGUGUGCAAUGGCAAAAACGAGUCCUGCGUCUUCGUGCAGCAGGUGUUCCGGGCGGCGUUCCCAACCUCUGGCUUCUUUGGGUACAAGAAUGUGACCCGGAUCCCAGCGGGCGCAAGGCAUAUAAAGGUGACAGAUCGCAGCCGCAACUAUCUGGCUCUGAUGAAUGCAAACCAGCGUUAUGUCAUCAACGGGGACUGGGCCAUUGACUGGCCAGGCGUGUAUGAAGUGGCAGGCACCAAAGUGCACUACGCCCGCACCGCCGACGUGCACGAGAGCUUUGAAGCCACUGGGCCCACCCAGGAGGAUUUGUCUGUGAUGGUUCUCUUCCAGGAGCAGAACUCAGGCAUUGAAUACCAGUUUUGGCUGCCAAGGGAACAGUUCCGCCACGUCCAGAGUGAUGCCAGCCCCCUGCGCCAGCAACAGACCAGGGAAGUAGAAGGAAACCCAGAGGGGGAACCCCAGCAAUUCCCACAAGCUACAACAGCCCCACCAGUUCAAAAGGCCAGAGGUGCAGCCAAGAAGGUGUCACAAGAGGUGGCCGUGUCUUCGCCAGCCAGAGUGCCCAACCAGUCAGGGAGAUGCGGACGUUGUGAAACACCAAAAGGGAAAUCCCAGCGCAUUCUUCACUACUGCCAGAGUGACUUUGGGUCACCUGAACCCUGGGAACAACGGCGAAGGCAGCUGCGAAGCCACCUACAGCAGCAGAGGCACAGCAGCAGGUUGGCAGCAUUAGAGCAAGCUGCGAGUCCUUGCAGGAGCCAGCCAAAGGGGGCACAGCUGGGGGAGGUUGGCAAUUAG